CCGAGCUAUCAGGUUCACCAUACUAUCCAAACAUUAGCCGAGUGACCAUACAAUCUAUUUCCUCUACCGCAAGCUCUUUGAGCUCGAAGCUUACAGCCCUACAACCAAACUUCCUUUCUGUUAUUUGGACUUAUACUCAGAAGCGAUUUGUUAGCAGCCGUGCAAGAACACACACAAGCCCUGGAUCAAGCAUUCGCGGAAAAUUCACGUCAUCUUUGAGAGAUGCAUCGGAGUCCGCAAGAAAGGGCUACUUUCUUGGCUUUAAUUGCCGUUCUCAGCGUCCUAUCUGCGACUGAAGCGAGAAACAUAAUCGUUGGUAUUGGAAGCAGUGUCGACAUCCAAUGCCCGACUAACGAUGUGUCGGGAAGUGUGACCCUAGAGCGGUCACAAAGUCGAUCAGGUCCUUACGUCACGGUCGCGGUUGAUGGAACACGUGUCGUCCUUCAUGGUGCAGUGUUCACUAUUCAUAACCUGACAAGCAAUACAGAUAGGGGUUACUACCAGUGUCGUACCACUUUGCCAGAUGGGAGGGGACGGCUGGAAUCAGUCGGUUAUAUCACCGUGUUCCUCUCAAACCUAGUGAAACCAAGAAUACUUGUCACGCCAUCCCAGCUCAGUGUUGUGGAGGGCGCCAGCGUGACGCUCACUUGCACUGUACAGGCUUCCUCGCAAGUGGGUGCAGUCACGUGGUACAAGGAUGCCACUCAACUCGCGGACGGUGUCCAAGACUACACGAGCGACGACAGUCUCCACAAAAACACAUUGCGUUUAACGAACGUGGGUAAAGAUGAAGGAGGGAUGUACGAGUGUCGCGUGAAGAACUCGUUUUCGUAUGUUAACAGUUAUAAUGCAGAGCCCACGAGAUUGAUCGUCAAAGAGUUUAAAAUUCUAAGCAAAAGCCAGGACUAUCUAAUGGCUAUUGUUGGAGACAGUCUAAAAGUCAACUGCAUAACGUCAGAUCCAAACGCGACCGUGUCCCUGUGGGUGAAGAAAUACGACGGCGUUCCAACGCGUUUGGUUCCAGAUGAUGAUAAACUAAUUCUGAAAGGGACAAAGUUUGUCCUUCAGAAAGUGACAUUAAGCGAUGAGGGGUUGUAUUCGUGUGAAGGACGUAAUCAGCGUGGAAAGGUGGUCAGAAAGACCAUGGGACAGUUCAUCCCUUCUCAAGGAGGAUACAAAGAUCCUAAAGCUCAUAUCUACCCCAGUGCGAAAAUCCUCCCUAUCACUAACAGCUCAAACUUCUCCUGCGUCGCCCUCGGUGACAUGAUAACCUUCUCGUGGCUCAAGAAUGGUACAGCGGUCCCAGCCAAUCACGUCAUGAUCCUCAGUCCACGUGUUCACCAGGGGCACAUACUGAAUGAGGCAUUGCUGAUGAUCAGAGAUGCUCGUAAGGAUGAUGCGGGGAUCUAUACGUGCCGCGUUACUAGCGGACUUCAACCUGGGUAUAGCCACAGUGCUAACGCUAAACUGGUCAUUGAAGAGUGCCGCAAACCCAGCGGCAAGUUUCCCGAUCCCAGUAACAUAAAUGGGUACAUCGAGUGCAAAAACAACAUACCCAAAAGAGUGGACUGCCCAGACGUACAUCAGCACUGGAACGACACCUUGAAAACAUGCCAAGACCCGCCCGCAAUUCCAACGACCCCUUUUCUUCGCUGGAUUGGCAAAAACUACCAACCCAGAACAGUCGUGGCCAAAGAUAGUACCUUCGUCUUCGAUUGCCGUACCAACGACCCCGCCCUUCGCGUCACCCUUAUUCUAAAGCAGGCGGGAGAAAAGGAAGGACGUCUGCUAGACCCCAGGCUCUCGGAGAAAGGGCAGAUAUUCACGCUAACGCGCUUAGCGGUCGGUAGAGACGGCGGAAAGUACUCGUGCCGAGUCAGCGGUCUUCGGGAUAAGUUACUUACGGAAAUACAUGUUGACCGCGAUCUCACCCUGACUGUUGACGUCACUACUAUUCCAUCCAGGCUCGACCCGAUGGAAUACGGUGACUCGGAGAAGGUCAUGUGCUAUUCUAGUUACAGGGGAGACGUCACGUGGUACAGGGUGAGGGGCGACAAGUCUGAGAAGAUUACUAAGGGAGUGCAACAAAGUGAGACGAAUUCUAAUGGCUACCUGAUUAUUACUAAUGAGUUGAGUCUGACUAACGUCACAAAGGAGGACGCCGGGAGUUACAUGUGUGAGAAGAAAAAUCGCAUUGGUGCGACGGCGCAAGCCUCAAUUUAUGUACCAGUUCUAGAUACAACCAAGCCAAGUGUGAAUAUUGAGAAAAACAACUACAGCGCUGAAGAGAAUGAAGUUUCACGAAUACGAUGUGUGGUCAGCGGUUCACCCUGGCCAAAGAUCUCGUGGUACCGUGGUGGGAUACCAAUUGUCACGUGCGAAGGUGGGCAAUUCCCAGAAUGCCCCUCAAGGUUCAGCAACGGCUACCGCGCGUCUGUCGUGAAAUCCAGUUACAGUGAGCUGGAGAUCAAGAACUCCUUGUACCCGCGAGAUAACGCUAUGUUUGCUUGUGUGGCUACUAACGUGGCAGGCUCUACACGGGACACCGCGGCACUCAACGUACUUGCCGGACCGAUGAUCCAGAAAAACAAAGGAAAUAGCUUGGAUAUUAUCAUGAUCCCAAAAGGCGCGGCGCAUAAACUUCGCUGUAAGGUGAUACGCGCCAACCCAAUAGCUAGUAUCACGUGGCAGUGGCAGCGAUGGCCUUGCUCUGGGGAAGAACUCACGUGCAAACCUUACGAUAACAACUGGAUGCCGCUGGGAAAGCCAAAAGGGAAAGGUGGCGCUAAGAUCGUUCAGAUGGGAGACUAUAACAGCACUCUGCUGAUCCAAGCAAGCGACAGCUUUGCGUUUUACCGUUGCGUGGCGGAGAACAAGAUUGCAAAAGAUUCUCUGGUUUACGAAGUACGCAGAACAAUUUCUCAAAGCGAUGACCUCCUUACAAUCAAAGAUAUGUCCUCAUCAAGCACACAGAAAGGCAGCAAUAAAAAGUACUACGAGCAUAGGAAUAUCACGCUUGGCUGCACAGGUCACUCGGCCUUCGAUGCACCUCCCUACUGGGUCGAUAAAGAAAACAGGCGAAUAGAAUCGAGCGGGCGCGUCAGUGUCAGAAGCAUUGUUCGUCCGUUACAGAACACUACAAUCCUAGAGGUUGUUAACGCGUCGCCGAAUGACACCGGUCAUUAUACCUGCGCCGCGAAAAAGAAAAAUAACCGGGACAUAGUGUCUACAUCUAUCUUCAUGGAAGUUGUAGCGGUUAGCGCACCAACUGUACGCCUCGACGACCUAACAACCAAUGAAACGAGCUCUGUUGCUCUGCAAUGUCACGUGACUGGUAACCCUCCCCCCACCGUACGUUGGUACAAAGAUGGCCGCGUUUUAAGCCCCAGGCUCACGCUGAGCUCGCUCAAGGACUGCAAAAACCGGAUAAACGAGUUAUACCAUCUGGAUAAACGGGAUAAUGAAGAGAGUUACACACUGGUGGUGUGCAAGGCGUCGUACAACGAUAGCGGAAGCUAUGAGUGUCAAGCGGUCAAUAGUCUGGGGCAAGACAAAGAUCAAGGUUAUUUGGACGUUCAAGUGCCUCCAUCAAUAUUGAGAAUAGAGCCUGACAACUUCAUCGCCGACCCAAUCAAGUUUGGUGAGGUGUUCUACGCUGACUGCUUCGCCACAGGAAACCCAACACCUAAGGUGCAAUGGAAAAAGGAAACAGAGAACGGUACUUUUACAGCAGUCGUGAACUCCUCGGCGCAGAAUGGCCACAGCCGACUGUAUUUCGCGUCCUUACGUGAAGAUGACCUGGGGAACUAUGAAUGCGUUGCCGUGAAUUCCCUCGGAACUAAAAAAAAGAUUUACCGUCUUAUGUCACCGCCAACCGCUGGCAAGCAAUUGUCACGUGACAAUAACGUGGGGAUCUCUAAGCCAGCGCUGAUUGGUCUAGCCGUGACGGCUUGUCUCGUCAUUGCCAUGCUGCUGGUUAUCAUAGGAGUGCUCUACCGGCGCAAGAAACUCUACGGAGGAUUCUACAUUUUCACGCUGCCACCAAUGGAGGAUUAUUUCAAGAAGUUGGACCCCGCUCGGCCAUUACUCGAGCAGACACACAAACUGCCGUGGAACGCUGAGUGGGAGUUCCCCAGAGAUCGAAUCAAACUAUUGGACAUAGUAGGCACCGGUGCAUUCGGCCAAGUCUUCCUCGCAGAGGCUGUUGGGAUCGUGGCAUUUGACCCCAGGGCGAGCCUCAAGGGCAAAGGUCGCCGACGAUCGAGGUUUGGCUCAGCAAGCCGUCCAUACCAGAGCAACAAGCAAGUCACUAGGGUGGCGUGCAAGGGACUUAAAGAGAACGCGACCGAUUCCGAGUAUAGAGACCUGUUGUCAGAACUUAAGAUUUUGAUGCACAUUGGCGAACACAAGAAUAUUGUCAACUUACUGGGCGCCUGCACCAAAGGGCGCGAAUGUGACCUCCUUGUUAUCAUCGAGUACUGUCCACACGGAAACUUGCUAAACUUCUUGAGAAAGCGCAGAGACGUUUUUGAAGCCACGUGGUCGCCGCCUACCGAGAAACCCGAUGAAACGUUCACGCUAACGGAUCUGGUGAUUACGUCAUUCCAGGUGUCACGUGCUAUGCAGUUCCUAGCGUCCAGAAGGUGUGUUCACCGUGAUUUGGCCGCCAGAAAUGUCUUGGUCGGGGAGAAUUACGUGAUGAAAAUUGCGGACUUUGGUUUGGCCAGAGAUAUCUACAAAGAAGAGCACUAUGUUAAAACAACCGCGGGCUUAUUACCGGUGAAAUGGAUGGCCAUCGAGGCGCUCGUGGACCAGGUGUACACCCACAGCAGUGACGUGUGGUCGUUCGGGGUGUUGCUAUGGGAGAUCUUCACCCUAGGAGGAAGCCCUUACCCGGGUUUGCCCGCUAACGAGGUGUACCAGUACCUGAUGGAGGGCCAGAGAAUGGCGCAACCCGAGGACUGCCCGCAAGAGAUGUAUGACUUGAUGCUGAGAUGCUGGCAGCACGAUCCCGCCCAGAGACCCACAUUCACUCAGCUUCUGGAAACCAUCGAUAAAAUUCUUGAGGGAAAGACAACUGAGACGGGUGAAGAGUACUUAGACUUGGAGAAUGACACCACAGAAGAGCAGUCGCCCGAGUACCUGCUACCCGAAGAUCUCAACACGCCCCUCCCCCCUGAGACACCAAUGGAAGACAAAAACUUCCCCCUCCCUCCGGUCCCCUUCGAGAAUAUCGAACUCAAAGAAAUACCGCAAACAAAGUUCACGGACUCAAACGACAACAAAAAAGCGUUUACUUUAGCGGAUGUACCAAAGAGAAAUUUGAGCCCACAUGUAAACAACGAGAUCGACAAAGUUCAAAGGGAUUCGCUAGAGCGCGAACGAACGAAGAAGAGCGAAUCUAGCGCCAGCAGUGGAGACUCGGAGACCGACGCCUUAUUGAUCAGCGAAAAAGAAAAAGAGAAGAAUUUCGAGGAUAAAGAUAUUUGUGAGAGAAACUCCGGCGUGUUUAAUGACUCGCCGUCUCUCUAUAUCAACACGAUGCCUUGUAAUAACACGGACACUAGUAAAUUGUUGGAUAUGAAUGGAUACAGGAAAGACCGAGGCUUUCGACCGAGAGAACAGUCCGCACGCUACGUCUAGUGACGAGAGGUUAUCGAUUGCGUAAAAUUCGGGUAUUCGUUUAAAAAGCCGGAUCAUGGCAUGGCCAGGUUGAAAAUUGGCCCGGGGAGAAUUUGGAUUUUUAUGUCGUGUCUUCUCUUGCUGAUGGUCGCUUAAACCAAGAAAGAUCCUAAAAAUCACAUAUCGCAAGCAUCGACAGUCAGUCGCAUUCCCGAGUUAUUUCCGAGAAAACAUUGAAGAAUUGUUGAUUUAUUGCUGCUUGUUGCCUAUUUUGUUUAUUCAGUGUGCUUUCGAUGUGUUUGUGUGUGUGUUUUUGCGUCGAGUUUUUUUUUCGUAACUUAAAAGGGUUGUGUCAUUGUUGUUUCCGAAAAUAAAUCUACAAAAUCAGGGUUUGAAAAUAGAUUCAAAGGCCCUUGGCCUAACUCAGAUAACAUGAUGAAGUCUAAAGUAAUUCAGAAGAUUUUUGUAGCAGUGCAGUAUUCGUCACAAAAGUAGGAUCGAGGAACUUCGAAAACAAAUUUUUAAUACUCAACGAUACGUAAUUUUAGCACAAGUGGAUGUUAUGUGCUUUUUCGUGGCCCACGACAGAACAUGACACAUCUCCUUUAAGUAUUUGUAAUUCGUUAUAAUCGAGUGUUCGUUAUCGGCUGUGGCGUUUAUACUGUGCAAAACUAUAUUAUUUGAAAAGAAAAGUAUUGGUUACAAUAAGAAUUUUGUCAAUGAAAGGGAAGAAAUUAUUUAAUUUGUCUUCAUUUCUGAAAUUUAAUCCUCUUACAGAGUUCUAUAAUUAUAUUAAGAGUCUUCAUUGAUAUACAUGCGCAAGGCUGUACAUAAUGGUCUGACAGGUAAUUCGUUCAUAAGUAAAAACGUUUAUUUAGGUAAAAUGACUUGAUCGAAGAAAUUAAAAUGUAAAAAAUAUGCUCAAUUAUUAAAUAAAAUAAAGUUAGGCAAGUUUCAA